GUAGGGGGGAUAGUACACCCUUUAGUUGGGUGGAUGCAGAUUCAGACAUUCUGGGCGCAGAUAAUCAUCUUGAAGUUGCCAAAGUGUCGUCUGUCAUGCGUGCCCAAUGUUUUAGCAUUGUUUUUGAUUCCACUGUAUUGCUUUACGAUCAAACGGAGAGUCAGCGGAUUGUGGAAUUCUACUUCAGAAGAGUUACCGUGUAACGGUGCGAAGCCUCUGACAAUGGGAACCGGAGUCGACUAAUGCUGGACUUGGAAAAUAUCUAAGGCUUAUUUCCUGACAAGUCGGUCUCUACAUUUGGACAAACUGCGCACUGGUAACAUGCUGUUCCUCCUGAGCGUAAGUGUGCUAACAGUGCUUUCCCAUGGAGUUGCCGGAGGUCAGACGUGCCACCCUCAGUGUCGCUGUGAAGUGGAGAGCUUCGGCCUGUUUGACAGCUUCAGCUUAACCAAAGUGGACUGUAGUGGGGUAGGACCUGGCACGGCCCCCUUCCCCAUCCCGUUGGACACAUCUUUCCUGGACCUGUCCUUUAAUUCUGUUGGUGCCAUUACAGAUGCCAUGCUAACUGGACCGGGCUACACCACCCUUGUGAGCCUAGAUCUCAGCAACAAUGCCAUCAGCAAAGUGGGUGCUAAGGCCUUCGCCAGGCUGCGCUACCUGGAGACCUUAGACCUGAGCCACAAUGCCUUAGAGAGCCUCCCUGAUGGCUGUUUUACAGGACUACCUUUAGCAGAGGUAGAUUUAAGCAAUAACAGAUUUCAUGAAUUCAACCUUGAUAUUUUCACCACCAAGGGCCAAGACAAACCCUUGACUGUUGACCUGUCAAACAAUUUAAUAACAUCCAUCACCAGACAACCACAAGGGCCGUCUCUGUCCAUUAAAAGCCUGGUGCUGGCAGACAACAGACUGAGGGUUGUCCCUGAUCUUUCGGGUCUUCCUCUGCGCUACUUGGGAUUGGAUGGGAACUGGAUCUCUGUUAUACAGGAGGGGGCUUUUCAGACACUCAAAGAUCUGUCCUAUCUUAGCCUCAGUGGCCUUCCAAAGCUUUCAGUUAUCGAACCUCUGAGCUUUCAAGGUUUGGAAAACCUGCAGGUUCUGGACCUUUCCAAUAACAGAAACCUGAAAUCGUUGAGCCCGGCGGUUUUUAGCAACCUAAACUCCCUACAGGAGCUCAAUUUGUCAAACUCUGGAAUGACACACCUGCCUAAUACCAUUCUGAGCUAUUUGCCAAAUAUUAAAAGCAUAACUCUCAGCCCAAACAUGCACUGUUGGAAAACGUUGAAACAGGGCCAGUUUCACAGGCAAAUUGGAGAAGCCAAAAAUGAUUAUGUAAUAUCCUGUGAUGAAAUCAGUGUGCCUCAAAAUCCUGUUUUAUGAUCAUAUCAGCAAUGCUCUACACAAUGCUGUUUUAUGAUUGAAGACAAUUAAGCCAUGAGCUGCUUGGACAGUGCCUUGAUACAACUUUCUAACCCCUUACAAACUUGACAAGGUCUAUCAUCAUAUGAUGAUUUAUUCUUUACUGAUGGCAUGUAUUUUGCACACUUCACAUUAAAGUGACCAAGAAUACUGA